GAUGUGUGUGAUGAAUUUGAAACUGUUGUUGUGGUUUAUGAGGAGUUCAGCAUGGAUCUCCUGUAUGAAACACCUUCAGAACAGGUGGUGUCAGGAAUCUACUGUCCCGUCUGUGACGAAGAAGAACAGCAAGGCUCUUUCCUCUGGUAUAAGAAUUUCUCUCUUAUUCCAAACCAAGAGUCAGCUCCUGUUUUACGUAUUCGCAACUCUUCAAAACAAAGCGAGGGCAUUUACACUUGUGUUUGCACGUGGGAGCAUCACGGGAUAAAACACAACUCCUCCGGAUAUCGCAACAUUAUCAUCGAAGAACAGACCAUCAUUAGUUCUCCAAAGUUUUCGCUGCCCAUCAAUAACUCGGUUGUGUUCACUGAUGUGGGUUCAGAAGUGAUCCUUAAUUGCUCAGUCUACUUUGGGCAGUCUGUGUGUGCAGUGUGCUCUAUUCGCUGGGAGAAGAAUGGGAUCAGUCUGCGUGGGGUGGAUGGAUAUAAGCAGAAAAACAGAGAGAUUGAUGGAAGCCUUCAGUCACUUUUAAACAUUACUGAAGUUUCUGAGUCGGACCUCCGUUCUGAGUUUAGAUGCAAAGCUAAGGACUCUUAUGAAGUGAUUUUUGUGUCAGUCACUCUGAAGAGUCGAGAAUCAGUGCUCUCUGUGAUUGUGGUGUGCGUUUGCACCUUUCUUGUUCUCCUGCUGCUCGCUGGAGGGUUGAAGUGGUUUGCAUUGGAUCUGGUGCUGUUCUCCAGGCAGAUAUUUGUCAAGCUCUACAGGAAAGAGGAUGGGAAACUAUAUGACGCUUAUGUGAUUUACCAGAGAAACAACUUGGAUGAGGCCACAAGCAAAACUGUGUGUGACUUUGUCAAUGGAUCUCUGCUGACAGUGCUGGAAAGCUACUACGGCUUUAAACUUUUUAUUCACGGCAGAGAUGAUCUGCCCGGCGAAGACUGCAUGAAUCUGAUUGAAACGGAGAUCCAGCUCAGCCGGAGACUCAUCAUCGUUUUAACACCAGGAGCGAGUACAGAUAAAAGCAGCGAUUCUCCUGAAGCGUAUGAUCUGCAGGUAGGGCUCCAUCAGGCUCUGGUCCAAGGAGAAACCGGCGUGAUUCUCAUCCAGCUGGGACAGAUGCAGGACUACACACAUCUGCCUCUCGGACUGCAACAUCUGCUCUGUAAGAAUUCACCUUUACUGUGGAGAGACGGCGAAUCCUCACCCAACUCCAGGUUCUGGAAACGAGUGCGAUAUCAGAUGCCUGUUGUGUCGUCCUUUCAGAGGAGUUCGAGGAGGGGAUCACUGAAGGCAUCAUUUCAAUGUCAGGGUUUAUUUGUUUGAUGCAAGAGAUGCAUCUCGGGUUCAUGAGAAGAACUUAAGAAAUUAAUUUUCAUUUGCAUUUAGUCAUUUAGCAGAUGCUUUUAUCAAUGGAAGCAAUCAAAAGAUGAUAUGCAAGUGCUAUAAUAAGUCUCAUUUAGCUGAACGCAGUACACAUAGCAAGGGUUUUAAAAUGAUAUGAGCCAUAUAAUAAUUAAAAAAAAACUAAAACGGAUCAAAUAAAAUAAAAAGACUGAAUAGGAAAAUAAUAAACUAGAGCAAGCUAGUGUUAAAAGCCUUUUUUUCUUUUGUUAAUUGUAUAAUAAAUAAAAAAGAAAACAAAUACAUAGAAUAU